CGGAAGUAGUAGGAAAAGCGUGCAGAACAUCAUGUGGAACAAAGAAACAGCAAGACAAAUGUGAUGUGAAAGAAAAUUUUCUACAAUUCCAAUUCGCUAUUAUUUUUAAAGUGGGGCAAAAUAGAACAGCUUUGGCGGCCGUCGGCGAGAUAGACGGCCGGAAACCUGGCCAGGCGCGCGCGAUUCCGUUAAAGGCGAGCUUUUUCAGACAAGACUGGCAGCACUGGAGCGACGCUGCUGGUCCGGGCCGCCCUGCUACGUACGACUUCUUGUUCUCACAUAAAGAAGAAGAAGAGGAGUUGCGCUAGAAGCAUGUGGGUAGAGUAGCAGUAGAGUAGGACAUCGUUUUACUGAGUAGCAAUAGAGUAGUACUAUCAAUACUCUGCAGAAAAAUGACACCC